CCUCCCCCUACCCGUCCCACCUCCACACAUCCACACACACCUCUAAUGGCCCCUCCCCCUACCCGUCCCACCUCUCCCACUUCCACACAUCCACACACACGCACCACCUCCCCACCAAUAAGAACAUACCAGGACCAGCCCACCCACAACACCCCACCAGCUGAGUCCCCAAAACCGGAAACCACCGGCCCCACCUCCAGUUCACCAUCCAGCACCAGCGUGUCUUCAGCGCCCCCCAGCUCUGAGUCGCCGACGCUCACGCCCCAACAAAGAACUACGCCACCCCGCAGACAUCCAGAGGCUUCAAGCGAAGCCGGCAACCCUCCAAGCAGCCUCCCGCCCCAGGCCAAGCCCCGCCCACACAGCCCCGCCCAGAUCAACGUCAGGGACGACACCACUACGGUCCAUGACCCCCCCACUUUAGACCCCCUGCUUGGCCGGCCUGGUUUCAGCCUUCAUCAUCACCGCCGUCAUCAUCACUCUGCUCCUCUUCCUCAAACUGCGGCAGAGAGACGCCCAGCCCGAGUUCCGCCGGCUGCAGGACCUGCCGAUGGACGACAUGAUGGAGGACACACCUUUGUCCAUGUACAGCUACUGACUGGGAACCCUGAAACAUCCGACCAAACAGAGAGGAUUCUGGGUAACCGUGAGAAGACUUGUGCAAGGAGGCUGCAGGAGACCAAGACGUUCUGCUUCUGAUCUGGAGUCUGUUUUAGUGGCUUUAGUAGCUUCUAUUGGUCAGCCAUCUCCGGGGGGUAUGACCUCCUGCGUGAGGUCUGUAGGCAACCAUCUUCGGGGGUGGGGGGAUUAUAGAAUAUCUCCUCGUACAUGAGGUCUGGCUCAUCAUUAGAAGUCAAAAGUUCUAAAAGAACAGAAGAUGGAACCAGAGACGACUUUAGAGGAAAACAAGUCGUUCUUCUGAUCGCAACGUGUCCCGUGAGUGACUUCGGGGGCCUCGUUCGGGACAGAGGAUGUCGCAUGUGUACAGACUGUGGUUGUCAUUCUAGGCUAUAGACAAUAAAAUAUAUAUAUAUAUAAUAUAUAAUAUAUAAUGCUGCUCCGACGUGUUUCAACAUUAGCCGCUGAGCUUUCUACUGAUGAUGACAUCACACAGGGAGCCCUGAGCCGGGUCACGUGUGUAACAUGUGUAACGCUGCUAGAGGUCAUUGAUGUUACAUGACUGAAGGCUUCUGUGCUGUCAGGAGACAGAAGAUCAGUCUUUGAGAUAUUAAAGGAAAACUCAAAUACAACGUUUGAGUCAUUUCUUUGCUCUUCACUGAUGAAUGAAGAUAUUUCUGUCCGUACGUCCAGUUCUAAAUGAGAGAUUUCAGAUUUCUAAAAGCGUUAAAAUGGCCCUGAAUGCAUAAGUGUUAAAGUUGAUUAAAAAAGUAUCAAUUAUUGUUUAAUAGUACGCAUAAAAUGUAACACGAUGACAACCUGACAAAAUAAAACAAAUGAAAGAACAAAUGCUAAAAUGA